AUGUUGGUUGGUACCCCUCACCUGCUGACACUGGAUGAAGCUGAUGCCACCUGGACCCUCAUCAAAGAUAAGGUCAUCGAGGAGCGCUUUGGGCACAAUGUAGUGGCAGUACCUUUCCUGUCGGACGCAACCUGCUAUGACCUACUGGGUGUGCUUGUGAAACAGUCCCGCCCAGCCCACACCCGCCUGGCUCUGCCAGGUCGGCAGGGCCGGCGGGCACUACAACCAGUGGGGCCACUACCAAACCUCCUGGAGCAGGCAGGGUCUGAGGGAGCCUUUGCCCACUGCACUCGAGAAUACUCACCAAAUGGCCGAGCAGAGAUAGCCUAUGGAGAAACGCGACUGUUGGAUGGACAGCCCUGCCAGAUCCACUUACAUAUGGGUGGCCUGCGCAAGAAGGUGGCCUUCCUGUUGCUGCCACCAGGGCAGGUGAGCCUACAGCAGACUCUUCCCUGGCUCCGAAGCACCCGCAGCAUCUAUGUUAUCUACCAGGUCUUCUCCUGUUCCUGGCUGCAGCUGGGGCUGCUGCCUACCGCCCGUGAGCCCCAGCUGCUCCGGUUACAACGGUCACUGCCUAUUGCCUUCUCCUGCCUCAAGUUUUCACUGCAGCCCAAGGGAGUGCUGGGACCACAGAAGCCUCUGAUCAAAGACCCACUGCCUCAGGGGGCCAGUUGGGUCAGACCCAACCUCAGCACCAUGCCACCUCCGGCCCACACAUCAGCCCCUGAGGAUAUCCCCGAAGCUGCUGCUGUGCCCAUGCCUGUCCCAGACCCACCUACACCUCCUCCCCAGGAAGGGCCAGAGGGUAGACCAACCAGAUUCUCCUACAAGGGCCGAAACUUCUUCCGAAGAGGGCCCCAGAUGCUGUCAGAGAACUGGCUCUUCAGCCCCCGCAGCCCCCCACCAGGAGCCCAGGGUGGGGGCCCCGGGGACCCCGACCGGCACUCCAUGUCCCUGCCCCUGCUGCAGGGUCUGUCCUCGGAGUUCGACAGCGACGAAUGA